AUGACAGAUAUUCAAUUGCAAGAUAUUUCUUCCAGUUUAAGGACCUUUAUAAUAAACGACACUGAGCCUAAAUCAUAUUCAACUGCCAUAAAACCCUUGUCUGCGUACCAGGAUUACAAGCAAUAUGAUUAUCAACAAACCCAAGAGUCAUCCAUUCAAGAAGAUAUAUCAGAGUUCCCAGAUGGUGGAUUCGAGGCAUAUACUUCUCUAUUCGGGACAUUUUGCGGGCUAGUGCCUGUAUUUGGUGUGUUUAACAGUUUAGGUGCAAUUCAAAGUUAUAUCAGUAAUCAACAAUUAGCUGGUGUCAAGGCUUCCAAUAUUUCUUGGAUUUUCUCUUCAUAUUUAACUAUUUGUUUUGCUAGCAGCGUUUUAGUUGGUGCCUAUUUUGAUAGGAACGGAGGCAGGAUUCCAGGCAUUUUGGUGACUAUAUUAUUUGUUGGUGGAAUAAUGGCAAUGGCAAAUUCUACGAAAAUUUGGCAUUUUAUUUUAUCCUUUGGGGUUUGUUGUGGCGUUGCUACUGGAUUUAUGGCCACUAUUUCUAUGAGUUCUGUUACUACUUGGUUUUACAAAAAACGGUCUACAGCUACUAGCAUAGCAUUAUUAGGAGGGUCUAUAGGUGGGAUUAUCUUUCCAAUUAUGCUACGAAAAUUGUUUGUGGAAUUAGGCUUUGAAUGGGCUAUAAGGAUUUUAGGAUUCAUUAGUUUAGGUUGUUUAUUAUGCUAUAUGUGCUUAAGUAAAGAACGACCUAUCGAUAAUAAAGAUGCCCGCCAUUUGAAGAAACCAUUCGAAUCAAGAAGACAGUGUGUGCGUUGGUACAUAACCUCCUGUUUUAACUGGAGAUAUUUAUUGGAUUACAAAUUUUUAUUUACUUCAUUAGGAGUGUCUCUUGCUGAAAGUUCUUUAACGGCUGCUUCCACUUAUUUUGCAUCUUAUGCUAUUUUUAAAGGUAAUUCAGAAGAGACUUCUUAUGUUUUGCUUACGAUGAUCAAUGUUUUCAGUAUAGUGGGCCGUGUUUUACCAGGAUAUCUUUCUGAUCACUUUUUUGGAGGAUUUAAUGUUAUAAUUGUUAUGGUUAUUAUGUGUACUGUAUUUAACUUUGCUAUUUGGUUACCAUUUGGUGGUAAUAGCAAGUGUUUAUGGGCAUAUUCAUGUCUGUAUGGGGUUUCUAGUGGCGGUAUUAUGAGUUUGACCCCUCCAUUAAUUGGUAAAAUAUCUAAAACUGUUGACUUUGGGAAAAGAUACUCUACUACUUAUCUGAUACAAGCAGUUCUAACUUUACCUAUUAUUCCAAUAUGUGGUGCCAUAAUUGGGAAUGACCCAUCGCUUUCAGAUUAUAAUAAUUUUAUAAUUUUUGCUACAAUGCUGAUGCUAGGUGGUGCUUUUUGCUAUAUUAUAGCAAGAUAUUUAUGCGUGGGGUUUAAAUUGGUUGCUUUUUAG